AUGUCCGCUCUGCUUAAGGUCAUUCACAAGGCAGAGCCCAUUUCUCUCGCCGACGGCAGAGACAACACGACACCCACGCCCCAGCGACGCGACGCCGACCAAGAUCCGACAGAUUACACCGGCCUGCUCGCGUCGGAGCAGAUGGAUCUCCCGGCGUUGGCCGGCUUCAGCUCAGAACAAGACAUCGACGUGCCCCCGGAGCUCGCCGAGUACGAUACCGCCGUGUUCGAGACACCGAGCGUGAUCCCGUCGAGUGGCGGUCGCAUCAUCGAGAUCGACGACCUCGACCCCUCGGAGGUCGCCCGCCUUUUUGGCAGCGACGGCAGCCCUCUGGCGGCCGCGAGCAGCGCCUCGCCGAUCCUCGACCGGUACCAGUCCCACGGGUCGGAUUCGCAGCCUGAGGCCUUCGAGUUGCCGACGGAGCUGUUCAACAGCACGGUGGACGUCCACGCCAGGACAUGGCUCCGGGAUUUCUGUGCUGGAGGGUGA